GAUCUGCUUCCAUUCAAGUAUUUCAAGACUUCUUCAAAACCACUUUGCCUCCGGCCAUCACCCCUCCACCGCCUCCACUACCAGUCUACCACCACCUGCUGUCCUUCUCUUUCCAUAACAACCACCAUCAUCAUGAAGUUUAUCAGUUGGAUGCAAAGUAAAAUUAAUGGCGGACAAGGGUGUAAGAACACUAAUACUCCUCAUCACACGAAGCACGAACCCCAAAAAGAAGAAUUUAGUGAUUGGCCACAGGGAUUGCUAACAAUAGGAACAUUUGGAAACAAUGAUCUACCAAUUGAAAAUGAAGAAAUUCAAGAAACUCGAGGUACAGAAACAAUAUCAUCUCCAGAUCUUUCUGAAUUCACACCUGAAGAAAUCGGGAAACUACAGAACGAGUUAACAAAACUCCUGUCAAAGAAACCGGCUGCUUAUACACAAGAAGCCAUUGAUCUCCCAUUGGAUAGAUUUCUAAAUUGCCCUUCAAGCUUAGAAGUUGAUCGUAGACUUUCUCUCACAGUUAAUGAUCAUGACGAAAACAAUAAAGAGGAAGAUAUUGAUCGAACGAUUAGAGUUAUUCUUGGUAGGUGCAAGGAUAUUUGCAUGAAUAACAGUAGUAAGAAAGCAAUCGGGAAGAAAUCAAUUUCUUUCAUUUUCAAGAAGAUGUUCGCAUGCAGCAGUGGCUUUCCAGCAAUUCCUACUUUACGUGAUCCGCUUCCAGAAUCAAAAAUGGAGAAGCUGUUAAGAGCUAUGCUUAAGAACAAGAUCAACCCGCAAAACUCUUCUCAAUCAUCAUCAAGAACGAGGUUCAUCGAAGGAAAACGACAACCCAAGAAAGUGAAAGUUACAGAGAAUAAUGAAAAAGAUGGGUCGAAAUGGGUGAAAACCGAUUCUGAAUUUAUUGUUCUUGAGAUAUGA